CGGAAAUGGACCUCAUUUCUGUUUAAAAAAUAUUGUAUUUGUGAUUUACAAGAAGUGAUGUUAGUAACAAAUUAUCAACUUUAAAAUGGCAACAUCAAUCAAGUAUUUACUAGCCGGUCUAGUCCGACUUUGGCUUGUAUACUCGGACUACUGGCAAAUAAUUGCGAAUAGAGUGGAAAUUGCUACCCCUCUGAAUUCAUGGAAGCGUCUAAUAGAAGGUGUUUACCUCUACGAUCAUAACAUUGACCCAUACGAGGGCGACGCUUUCCACGAGUCGCCUAUCCUACUUGUAUGCUUUCAUUUCUUACUUAAAAGAGUGCCAUUUCUUCUACCUCUGCUUUUUACCAUCUUGGAUCUCGUGACAGCUUAUUUACUAUAUAAAACGUCUAAAGUAUUCAUAAACAUCUUUAAAACAAGUCAAGAGGAGAACCUUAAAGAUGUUGCUGAAGAAUCGAAGACUUUGCUCCUCAAAGACUCGCAAUUGUCUGAAACGUCGGAGUAUGUGCUAACGGUGUAUUUAUUCAAUCCAUACUCAGUUUUGAACUGUGCUGGUAUGACAACAACUGUAGUGCAGAAUUUUCUGGUAGCAGUUGCACUGUGGGGAGCGACCAGUGGCCGCAGGGUUGUGGCUUGUGUGUUCAUAGCUUUGGCUACACACCAGGCACUAUAUCCUAUACUACUUACCGUACCAAUAUCCAUUCUACUGGCUGAUAUGAACAAAGGUUGCAAUAAGUGCUCCUACAUCAGAACUAUGCUGUACUUUGUGUUGUCAUGGGGAUUUUGGAUAUUCAUCUCAGCAUACAUAAUGAAUGGUUCCUAUAACUAUGUUUACAACACAUAUGGAUUUAUACUAUCAGUUCCAGAAUUGAAGCCAAAUAUUGGAGUGUUUUGGUACUUCUUCACUGAAAUGUUUGAGCACUUCCGGCUGUUAUUUGUUUGUGCAUUUCAAAUUAAUGCGCUAGCUCUGUAUGUUGUACCUCUCACACUGAGAUUCCGGAAAGAGCCUGUUCUACUGGCUACGGUUCUGAUUGUCUUAUCCACAAUAUUCAGGUCAUAUCCCUGUGCUGGGGAUGUCGGAUUCUAUAUGGCCUUGAUACCUAUGUGGAAACAUCUUUUCUCAUUUAUGCAGCAGAAAUUUACUGUGGCCUGUGCAUUUAUCAUCACGUCAGCACUGGGGCCAACAGUCUGGCACCUCUGGAUCUACUCGGGCUCUGCAAAUGCAAACUUUUUCUUUGGAGUUACUUUGUCUUUUGCCACAGCACAAAUAUUCCUAAUCACAGAUUUAUUAUUUGCCUACAUCAAAAGAGAGUUCACUUUGAAACACGGCUACUCCCGUGAAAUUGAUGGCAAACCAGCAAAAUUAGUUUUACGGUAAUACAAGAUAGUAUUAUAUUUGCUAGCUCACCAAACUAUCUUAUAAAUAAAGCAUUUACAAGUGUUG